CACUCGUUUGUCUUCACUCACGUUCAUUUUCACAGGAUCCGUUGAUCGGACUCGACUCGAAAAAGCUGCAGGUUCAGCGAUCACAUAUACGCAGGGCGGCACAAUGCCCAACACUCUUUUCACCCCUUCGACUUUGCUCUCCCUCAUUCUCCUUUUCAGCCAUGUUGCCCACGGGUUCAACUGGCACAGCGCCGCCAACACUCUGGUCGUUGAACGACUGGAUCCCAUCGUGUCGCCUAACAGCGUCUCGAGCCACAUGCACCGUGUGAUCGGUGGCUCAGCUUUCGGCGCAGCGUACAACUACGCUGAUCAGGUCGCUUCCCAAUGUACGAGUUUCAUCGUCUCGGCAGACAAGUCGAAUUACUGGAUGCCAACCAUCUACUGGAUCAACUCUAAUGGUACAUUCACUCCGAUCCCUUCAACUCAUGAGCUUUACUACUUUCACAAUCAGAAUUCUCCUAAUGAGGUCGUCCAGCCCUUCCCAGAGGGAUUGAGAAUGAUCGCUGGAAGUCCCAUGGCCAAGUCGGCGGCCCCGGGAUACCUCGUCUCAAAGUUUCAUUGCAGGGUCAAUGCGAACGAGAACGACGACGUAUACUCGGACAACUUCAAUUACGAGCAGCCUUGUCCUAACGGUCUGACUGCUGAAAUCCAUUUCCCAUCGUGCUGGGAUGGGGUCAAUCUGUACCUGCCAGACUCGUCGCACAUGGCCUACCCUACCCAAGGGUCCUUCUUUGGUACCUGCCCUUGGUCUCACCCCAUCCGACUUCCCGGUAUCAUGAUUGAGCUCUUGGCCAAUACCUUCCUCGUGGCACCAUCGCCCAACACGACAUUUGCAGGCAACCUCGCAUGGGCUAAUGGAGACACGACAGGAUACGGUAUCCAUGGAGACUUUACAAACGGUUGGGAGACGGAGGUCCUUGCCGCGGCCCUCAACAGUUCAGCCUGUAACACUGGUGAUAUGGAAUGGACAGACUGUCCAGUCUUCCAACCUUAUCUUCAGAACUACAAUUCUGGAUGUCAACCCCAACAUGGAGUCAUGCUCGAGUCGUAUGGAAAUGCCGAUGGCGUCGCUAUCCCUUAUCUCCCAGGAUGUAAUCCUCUUUGGGGAGCCUCGGGCCCCAAGCCGACUUGCUCCACAAACCCACCUCAGCCAAAUGUCACUCCUCAGUUGGGUACGAACGGGCCUCUCGUCGCUGCUGCGCCUGCUGUGCAACCUCUGCCCAAGACUCCUGGUUGGAGCAACAUUGGUUGUAUUGCCGACGGAGAUAAUGUGGACGGAUUGUUGGACAACUCGACUCGAUUCUAUGACAGUAGUAUGACACAGGAAAUCUGCUUGGAUUCGUGUCUCCGAUCAGGGUACAAUUUCGGUGCGAUCGGAUAUGCCUGGGGCGAAUCUUGGGCCUGCACCUGCGGUUCGCAAGUCGACCCCAAUGCUUGGAUGUAUCAAGGCAUGUGCAAUAUGACUUGUCCCGGAAACAAGACCGAGAACUGUGGUGGUUCUGGAGCUCACUCGGUCUUCUACGCGCCACCCGGGACACCCAUCUCAGGCAGCUACACCACCGACCUCGGCUGUUAUCAAGAUCCUCAGAGCUCGUCCGCGCCAAACCUUGAGAGCACUUCCUCUUGGAACUAUACCAACUGGGACACUAUGACUCAGGAACUCUGCCUUCAAUCAUGUGCCAAUAGAGGAUAUGAUUGGGCAGGUAUCAAGAACGGAGCUACUUGUUUCUGUGGUUCUCAAUCAACUUUCUCACUCGGCGCUGGCAGCUGGGUCGGAUCCAACAUUUGCUCUGCCAAAUGUACUGGAAAUUCAACACAGUCUUGUGGAACUUGGAACGGAUUGAGCGUCUGGAACGUCACAACUUCAGGUUACACCAAAGCUGUUCCGAACAAACCUGCGGGUUACAUUGAAUGCUACUCGGAUGGUGGCGGAAAUGCCCUCAAUGGCCCUCGCUGGAACGACGGUUCGAACACCCCACAGAGAUGUCAGAUGGGUUGUGCAGAGCUUGGCUACUCUUACGCCUCGGUCUGGAACAGCAAUGUGUGCAUGUGCGGUAACACGUUUGACAAGGGCAGCUACUCUAGUCUUCCAGUCGGGAUGUGUUCAUCUACUUGUCCUGGAUCCAGCAAUGUCACCUGCGGUGGACCAGGUAAUGGUGAAAUCUACAGCACGAACGUCAUGGCCGCUGCUGUGGCUCAGGAGAAAGCGUCGAGGCCUGCCAAUUGGUUGGGUUGUUUCCCUAACAAUAACGGCAACUUCCCUUCGAACCUGACCUCGGGAAGCGGUUCACAAUCUCCUCAGAACUGUAUCGCAACUUGUAACGGUGCUGGAUACCCCUACGCAGCAGUCAACAAUGGAUGGCAAUGUCGAUGCUCCAAGACCAACCCCAGCGUUGGACUUUCACCUCAACCAGCCAGUAUCAUGUGCACGGUCGGAUGUAACGGCGCUUCGAACGAAAUGUGCGGUGGACCCAACAGUGUCGACCUUUAUGGACCGGCUGCUGGUUCAGUCGUCUCCAGCUCUUCUGUCGCUUCGAGCCUCGCUAGCAGUACGAUCAAAUCGUCUGCGUCUUCCGCCGCGACGUCCUCAACAUCCUCCAUCAAGACCACCCCAUUGAGCAGCGCGAUCAGCUCCAGUGUGAUCAGCAAGAGUACCAGCACAGCUGCCAGUAGCAGCACGACCAAGACCACAGUCGCCGCUUCUUCAGCCACUGUCAGCUCUGCAAAGGCUUCCGUUGCGUCCUCAUCCGCUGCAUUCCCAAAUACACCGGCCGCCAGUGCGUCAAAGUCAUCCACCAUGGCCUCCUCCGCUCGAUCUACAUCGGGUUCAUUAUCGUCGACCUCGGCAGCACGAUCAUCUUCGUCGAGCACGUCCACCAGGUCUACCACGUCUACCACGUCGACGACGUCUACGACGUCUACCGCUUCCUCGACCCGUGCAUCCUCGUCGACUACCUCGACCACCUCGACCAUUUCGACCACAGCACGCAGCUCGACAUCAUCUUCCCCAGCCUCCAGCUCGUCGUCCUCUGUGCCAGCUUCCAGUACCUCUACCGCUCCUACCACCGCCAUCACGUGUGCUGCCGACUUCCACAAUUUGAAUGGACCCAUGUACUACAGCAAUUUCAUGACCAAUGACGUGUGCGUGUUCUGGUGUAAGAACCAGAACCAAGCGUACGCCGCUACGCAAGGCACGGCGUGUAUCUGUGGAAACACCGCACCGGUUGUUCCUUCGACAAGAUGCGACUGGACAUGCUCUGGCAACUCGGCGCAAUCAUGUGGUGGACAAUACGCCGGCACCGUUUUCUCGACUGCGGACAGUGCAAACUUUGUCAAUCCCCAGGUUUCUCAGUACAAUGAUGGGUACCUCGGUUGUUGGUCCGAUUCGGGCUCGUCUAGACUGUUGUCCAACAUGGUCUCCUGGACGGGUACCAACACGGUCGAGUCAUGUCUCAAUCAAUGUCACAGUGCAGGCUAUCAAUUUGCGGCUAUGGAAAUUGGAUCUCAGUGCUGGUGCGGAAACGAUAUAAGCAAUAAAAUGUACAUGAAGCCCGACUCGGAAUGCUCGAUGACUUGUUCUGGAAACUCGGCUGAACAAUGUGGAGGAUCAUGGCGAGCUUCUCUUUACCAAGUCGGUCAACCGGGACCGAGUAAGCGACAGGUCGAGGAACCCGUUCGAGUCAAGAGGUCUUACCCUCCGCCGAUGAGGCGAUUUCGUUUCUAGUCUGCAUCUUGAUGAUGAUGCGACUUGAUCGCUUGUACACUAUACAUG